GUCCGCGAAUGCGCACCGAUGCACGUGGAUCGUGGAAAAGACUGAUCUCAUAUAAACAUAUCCGGAACACAAUCUGGAGCAACCCGUAAUAACAACAUUAAAAUUAGUUGAAGUACUAUUAGUAAAAAAGAAUUAAAUAUAACAAGAUAAUGGACGAAACAAGCGAAACAGAUCAAAAGAAUUACAUAUCUUGCUUAACAUGGGUCAGGAGAGGAGUAGCUGCUUCGGUACCUGAUAAGAUUGAAUUGACGCCUCAAGAGUUGCAAAAUAUCAUACAAAACACACAGUCAGAGUUAAAUCAAAUAAAAGAAGAAGAUGACAGUGAAGAUGAGGAGGCUGCAGGUACAAAUGAAAGUAAAAAUACCGCCACUGAUGAGGAGAUGAAAGAUGGUUCGGUAAAAGCUAAUGAUGAAUUUGAUUUUGACAAAUAUGAUGAUGAAGCUGAUGAUAUCUAUGCUAAUAUUGAUGGAAUUGCUGUAAUUAAUGAAGGCAAAGAUCCAUUAGUAACAGUCGGAGACAGUGAGGAUGAAGAUUCAGAAAAGGAAGACGACAUUAUAAAAGCAAAUGACAAUCUUGUUCUGGUUGGGCAUAUAAUGGAUGAAGCUAGUAUUUUGGAAGUAUAUGUCUACAAUGAAGCAGAGGGCUCCUUUUACUGUCACCAUCAUGAUUAUUUAUCUUAUAUACCACUGUGUUUCGAAUGGCUGAAUUUCGAUCCCUCAGAAGAAAAACCUGGUAAUCUUUGUGCAAUUGGCAAUGACACUCCUAUUAUUGAAGUGUGGGAUUUAGAUGUAGUAGGUGGUAUUGGACCAGUAUUCAAGUUAGGUAAAAAACCUAAUAAAAAAAAACACAUCAAGCGUGUUGGACAUACGGAUGCCGUACUUGACAUUGCAUGGAAUACCUCUCACAAUCAUGUCUUGGCAAGUGGAUCUGCAGACAAGACUGUGUUGCUUUGGGAUUUGGAAAAUGGAACUCCAAGUACAAAACUAUCUUCGUUUGAGGGAAUAAUUCAGUCAAUAAAAUGGCACCAAACAGAAGCUCAUAUGCUACUUACUGGAAGCAUGGACAAGAAAGUGCGAUUAUUUGACUGUAAAACAGAAGUAGCAAAAACAUGGAAAGCAUCUGGAGAAGUUGAAAAAGUGGUCUGGAAUCGGUUUGAUUCUAACUUAUUUUUUGUAAGUACAGAUAAUGGAUAUAUUGAAUGUGUUGACAUCAGGCAUGACAAACCUCUUUGGAAAAAACAAGUGCAAGAAGUGGAGAUUGCAGGUUUAUCAAUGAGCGUGUCAUGCCCGGGAUUGUUAGUCAGUACUAAUAAAGAUGGAACAAUUAAAGUUUGGGAUGUCAAAAAUUAUUUAGAACCACAAUUGGUCUUAGAGAAACAGACGAAUUUAGGCCACAUAAUCUGUCUUGAAUCUAGUUGUGAUAGUCCUUUUAUAUUUGCCGCCGGAGGAGACAAUAAAGCUAAUAAUCUAAAUGUGUAUGAUUUAUCAACUAUGCCGGAAGUUUCGGAGAGGUUUCAGAAUAGAGAACUAAUUCAUCCGGCUCACGUAGUUGAUUUUUCUAAAACAAAUAAGUUAAACACCGUUAAUGAGGAAGUGAUGGAAGUUGCGGAUGACAUAGGAUCGAUUGCUUUGGAAUCAAAAAGACCCAACCAUAUUACGAAAAAGAAAAAGAAGCCCAGGCAUCGUAAUUUUAAGUAGGCUCGUUCUACAUUACUGUGUAAAUAUAGUUUGUUAAAAAGUAAACGAAAUACAUACUUUUUUAUGCGAA